UGAACGUCAUCUGUAUCUGCUGUUUGUUCAAUUAAAUUUGACACACGGUUUAACUGGAACUGGAAGCUGGAACAUAAUCUAAGAGCAGUAAGAGAUUGAAGCUUUAUUUACCGUCUCAAAAACAGGGAGACAGUCAUACAGAGCAGAGGUCUCCCCAAUGACUGUUUAGGAUCUGGCAAGGAACCUGGUCAAUAUCCUGAAAGACUAAAUAGAGGCGGGGCUGGCUACCUCGCAAGCUUACUGAGUUCGUGAGGGUGUGAUGUGUUGAGAGGAUGCUGGACCCCACAGACAGCACCGCCGAGGCCCAGCCACUCAAGGGAGAGGAGGGGGCGAUUGGGCCGGGGCCGCCGCCACCCGCACAGGGGAAGAAGGAGGGCUGCUGGAGUGGGCGGGGCUUCUCCCAGCUGUCCAACUGGCGCACUGCAGGCUUCUUCCUUUCCCUCUUCCUCUGCCUCACCGUGGUCUUCGCCUUCUCCUUCAUCAUCCCCUGUCCUGUCCGGCCCCUCUACCUGCACACUUGGAACCGCACUUUUCCACAAGCAGCUACAUAUAACUUCCUGGCUGUUGCAGAUGCAAACAGAGAUAAAGUCAUGGAUGUCCUCUUUGUCCUCAAGGCCUCUGAGGGCAGUCUGAACACAACAUGUGUCAAUGAAAGUCUUCCCACACCUUGCGUGUUUGUGUCUGCGGUGGCGGGGACAAAUGCAGACACGCUGUGGGAGCGCCCGUUAGCCCCCGAAUUCCACUGGGCACAGUGUGGCCUGGAGGGACUGGGGGAUGGGGGUGGAGGCUGCCUGCUGUCACACUCUGACCAGCUGACUGCAGUGGACAAACACAGCGGAGCUAUCGUGUGGCAGCAGCAGCAGCCCCCCAACCUGAACAGUAAGCUGCCUGUCCUGUCAGUGCCAGACCUUGAUGGGGAUGGAGUGAGCGAUGUGGUUCUGAUUGGACCAGGUCUAGCGCAGCAGACCCGGUUGGCGAUUCUGUCAGGAAAGACUGGUGCUCAGAUCGGAUCAGAGGUGGUUCUGGACUCUGGUGGUUCAGAGACCUUCAGACACCUCCUACACACUACAGCCAAAGGCUCCCACUACGUUCUCCUUCAGAAAGACUCUGGGCUGUACGGUCAGGCUCUGUGGAAAAUUGCUGCCCAGGCCAAGGCUGGCAGUGAAGCCAGUCUAAAGAGGGACCAGGCGUGGGAGAAGAAGACCAGCACGGACUCUGGACAUGUGCUGCUCUACAGGUCUGACUCGAUGCAGCAUGUUGUGAGGAUAGCCAAGGGCAGUGGCACCUCCAACCUGCUGCUGGUGACAGCAGGCAGCGUGGAGCUCAUCGAUGGUGACAGCUUGCAGUCCCUGUGGAGUGUCAAUGCCAGCAGGGUCCUGAGUGAGCCUUCCUUUGGGCACUUCAACAAGGAUGGCGUUCUUGAUGUGGUGAUAGAGAAGGACAUUGGCAACAGCACUAAACAAGUCAUGAUACUGGAUGGGAACACAGGAAGAGUGCUGUGGGAAGUGAAUUUACUGUUCAGACCCGACACACCAAAGCCAGCCUCUGUCAACACCAUCAACUCAUUCUCAGUCUUUGUGUUCUGGGGGAAGUUACCUUCUGAGAACAACUCCUCGAGGUCGACAAGCCAGGACCGUCACUCUUACAUGCUCCACCCACACUUCUCCAGUGUGCUUCUGGAAAAGAGCAGCAUCAUCGACAACAUCAUAGCAUUCAAGGCCACUCUGCUGGAGAGAGGCCGACAUGCCUGCUACAUCAUGCUGACAGGGCCACGGGGGGAGGGGGCGGAGGGGACGGUGAUGCUCACCAAGCGCAAGCUGAAGGACGAUGUCCCCGAGAGCCGCGUCCACAGGCUGGGGGACCACAGGGACGGAGAAACUGACCAGGAGAUCAAAGAUGCUUUCACUAGACUGCGCUUCAGCAAGGACACCUAAUGCAGCCCCCUUACUUAUGCCUCUAAUGCAGCCGUCUUACUUUGCCAUCUAAUACUGGCCCCUCACCCACUGCCUUAACACAGUCUCUUCACCCAGCACCUUAAUGCUGCCCCUUUUCCCACCCCCUUAAUACUGGCCCCUCGCCCACCCCCUUAAUACUGGACCCUUACCCAUUCGUCUCCAGUUGGGGGGAGACAGUAAGACUCCCUGUCUCUUCAGCUGCUGGGUACAUCAGUAUUCUGAGUACUAACCCUUGCCUUUUUUGCGAGUCUUACUUAAUCGCGUUACUGUAGCAAAAAGCACAAUCAAGCUGCCUUCUACUGUAUAACUGAUUAUUUCUGCAGAGUGAUGUGCACAGCCUGGACUUCCUGGUCCUGCUCAGCCAAAUGCUCUGGGCCUCUGUGCACGAAUCUGCACACAUGCUGCAGGUCCCCCAUUGGCCAAAUGACCAGAAAAUCUCCACAAUUCAAGUCUGACUUGCUUGAUCUGUGCAAAGAGGUGUGAAGGGUCUGCCUAAGAUAUAGCAUAGGGCAGUGGGUGGUUAUUUUAUUCAUGUUCUUAACUGAAGUGCAUUAUGUAGCUGAUAUGAAUCUAGAUUUUCCCUCCUUGUUCAGUUUGAUUACAGAGAUAUAAUACAUUAUUAGCGACCUACUGUAUGAUCCUGGGCAUUAAAUAACAUUACUAGUUUUUUAAACAGAUUGCAGCUAGCAAUUCUGAAUUGCUCCAAAAGUUUGCCAGGUUGUAUAAGAUUGACUCAGUUUUAGGCUUACACUGCAUCUAUGAAGGGGGCGUUCCAGGUAGUGCAUUUGAAGGACAUGAGUUUCUAUAUUGCAGUUAAUAAAAGCAAACAGUGACACAAAUUGCAUAUAACAUGCAUUGCAUGUAUGUCCCCCUAUGUCGAAAGCCUAAACUAUGCAAAUGACCCUUUGAAACAAGUAUCCAAUAAAUAAAGAGAGAAAAGCUUUUAAAAGUUUUACCUGCUAAUGCAGGUGUAUAGCUAAUGCUGUAAUGGACAGAAAAUGCUAAGUUAAAUUGCACAAACUGAGAAAAGAUGUACUGGAGAAUGUUCUAGAUGGACGGUUAUGGGGCUCUUUAAUGAUAAAAUAAAAUACUCAGAGAGCUGUGUCUUUUUUAUUAGCCGUGUGGUGACAUGUUUUCACAAUGCAUGUCACACACUGAGUGUAUAUAAUAAGUGUAUAUAAUAAGCCACCUGCCAGCUUUCAUGUGUACUGAAACGUUGGCACAACCGGCUAGCAAGCACCUUACUCAUAAUGAAUACAUGAUGGAGACUAAUUCCAUAUUUGCUUUACACUCACAUUGAAAACUGCUUCUAAAUAAUAGUUCUUGAGUGUGCCACAUAUACUGAAGGUGAAAUGUCUGUGAAGGCCAAUGGGCCUCAAAAGAAAGUUCUAUAAAUCUAUACUUUGAAAUAUAUCAGAAGACUUUGGUAAUGGCCCAUUUGUUUGAAUUAUAUUGUGGGGUUGGGGAUUGUGUUUAUCUGAAAAUUGAACCUGUAGAACAGGCCUCCUGGGGAGUUUCCUUUUUUGUCUGAAGUUCUGGGGUGUCUUUAUAUUGUGAGUGAUGUAAUAUAUUGGGCAAUGUGUAAUAAAUGCAUCUCUC